UGUUUUGAGGUUAUGGUUAUGGUUCAUGCAACAACCGACAAGCCUGUGCCUGUGUUUUGAGUUUUGAGUUGUCGUGAAAGAGUCUGUGCUCGUUCAAGGUCUGUGUGUUUCCGAAACUAGCUGCGGCUAUUGUAGCCCGAAAGAAAAGACAUUUUGUGAACGUAAAAUCAAAUCUCAAACGGAAAAUAUCACCUGUUUAUCAAGUUAAAGAUGUCCAGUCCCGACUCUCCCACCUCUCCUGACCCUCACAAAAAUGAUUCUGAUUCUGAAGGGCGCCGGUCAGACAGUGAGCCCCCUCCAAAGAAAACUAAAAAACAUCAAGAUCAGGAUUCUGACGAUGAAAGAAAAGUACAAAAACUAGACAACCCUGACAAGUCCUCCAAGAAAAGGCAAGCUUCCUCUGAAGAACCAGAGCAGGGGGAAAUCAAAUCCAAGAGAGACCGAAGUGAUGGAGACAAAGAUAGAAGCAGUCGCAGGGAGAGAGAUUUGGACAGGGACAGAAGUUAUGAUCAUGGGAGAGGCAAGGAUAGGGAUAGGCGUCAAAGACCGUACGGGAAGGAGUUUGAAAGGGAUCCCCCUGCCAAUUAUGAAAGAUAUUGGGGAGCAGGGCCUAAAAGAAGUUACAAAGAUCGCAGAGACAGAGAUCAAGAUAGGGGUUACGACAGAGACUAUGACCGAGAUGAUCGAUCCCAUGAUCGUAAUAGAAAGUAUGGUUCAGGUAAGGUUGGACCUCGCUACUAUGGUGGAGAAAAAGAUGAUUCAGAUAAAGAGGACGCCAAAAAGAGUGAUAAAAAGACAACAGGUGAUGUUUCGAAAGAAGGAGCAGGAAGCAAAGCAGAGGAGACAACAAUAAGCAAAACCUCGGAGAAGAAAAUUGUUGACUUGCUCACCUCAAAAACUGGUGGUGCAUACAUACCACCAGCCAGACUCAAAAUGAUGCAAGCUCAAAUCACUGACAAGUCUAGUGCUGCAUAUCAGAGAAUUGCUUGGGAAGCCUUAAAAAAAUCCAUCCAUGGUCACAUUAACAAAGUUAAUACAGGUAAUUUGGCUACAGUUAUAAGAGAGCUUUUACAAGAAAAUAUCGUCCGAGGCUGUGGUCUUCUUUGCCGUAGCAUAAUACAGGCUCAAGCUGCCUCACCAACAUUCACUAGGGUGUUUGCUGCUCUUGUAGCAGUUAUCAACUCCCGGUUUCCACAAAUUGGAGAAUUACUUUUGAAAAGGGUAGUAAUAAAUUUUAAGAGAGGAUUUCGUAGGCAGGACAAGGCCUCGUGUAUAUCCUCAGCUAUAUUUAUUGCUCAUCUUGUUAACCAGAGUGUUGCACAUGAGCUGCUUGCUUUGGAAAUUUUAGUCCUACUAGUUGAGAAUCCUACUAGUGACAGUGUUGAAGUUGCUAUAGCCUUUUUGAAGGAAGUAAUCGAUAAACUUUUGGAAGUAGCCAAGAAAGGAACUAUGGCUAUUCAAGACAUGUUGCGUAACAUUUUACAUGAAGGUACCCUUGAUAAAAGAGUUCAAUACAUAAUUGAGACAAUGUUUCAAAUUAUUAAAGUAGGUGGAUCAAAGAAACUUGAUGAUGAGCAGAAACAGAAGGAGGAUGAAGAACUAUUAAAUAUUGUCGAAGAAGAGGAUCAAAUGACACACAUUAUUAAUUUGGAUGAUGCUGUCGAUCCUCAAAAUAUUCUUGAUGUUUUCAAAGAAGAUGAAAAGUAUGAGGAAAAUGAAGCUUCAUACAAAAAGCUUCUUCAGGAAAUUGUGGGCAGUGACAGUGAAUCAGGAGAAGAGGGUUCUGGUGAAGACGAUGACUCAGAUGAGGAUGAAGAGGAUAGUGAUGGAGAGAAGAAGGCAGAUGCAAUUAUUGAUAACACAGAAACAAAUUUAGUGGCUUUGAGGAGGACAAUUUAUCUAACAAUACAGUCUAGUUUAGAUUUUGAGGAAUGUGCUCAUAAGCUCAUGAGGAUGCAACUUAAACCAGGUCAAGAAAUGGAAAUGUGUCACAUGAUUCUUGAUUGCUGUGCCGAGAUGCGAACGUAUGAAAAGUUCUUUGGCCUUCUUGCUCAGAGAUUUUGUAUGAUCAACAAGUUGUACGUUUCUCCAUUCCAACAAAUAUUUUGUGAUAGUUUUGCAACAGUACAUCGCUUGGAAAUUAACAAACUCAGAAACGUAGCAAAGUUCUUUGCACAUCUACUCCAUACAGACGCUAUAUCGUGGGAAGUUUUGUCUGUGUGCCGUCUGACUGAAGAAGAUUCAACAUCAUCUUCAAGAAUUUUCAUAAAAAUUCUUUUCCAAGAACUUUCAGAGUACAUGGGACUACCAAAGUUAAACAACCGUGUGAAAGAUGCCACUUUACAAGUAGCUUUUGAAGGACUUUUCCCUCGAGAUGAUCCUAAAAACACCAGAUUUGCUAUUAAUUUCUUCACUUCUAUUGGUUUGGGAGGUCUCACUGAUGAGCUUCGUGAACACUUAAAAACUCAGCCUCGUACUCCAGUAGUUCCCCUACCCAUCCAAAAAGCUGUUGAGACAUCGAGCUCAUCAAGCUCAUCAAGUUCCUCUAGUUCGAGCUCCAGCAGUAGUAGCUCAGAUUCAUCAUCUGAGAGUGAGAGUGAAAAGUCUAAAAAGAAAAAGAAAAAGAAAACCAGCUUAAAGAAAAAGUCUAAGGAGACACAAGAAAAAUCAUCAAAGAAGGCAAAAUCAUCAUCUGAAAGAGGUAGAGAUGAAAGUUUUGACAAAAGAGAUUUUGAACAAGGACAGAAAAAUGACAGACCAGACUUGGAUAGAAAUAGUCAGUGGCACUCAGAUAGAGAGCCCCGCAGGGACAUAGAAAGGGCUGAUAGAAGAGAACAAGAUGGGAGGGAUAAAAGAGGAGACCGAAAGGAUUUCGACAGAUCAGAAAGAAGGGAAUUUGAAAGGGGAGAAGGGAGAGCUCCUGAUAGGAUGGAAAGGAGAGAACCUAUGAGAGGAGAAAGAAGGGAAUUUGAAAAGGGAGAAGGGAGAGCCCCUGACAGAAUGGAAAGGAGAGAACCUGUGAGAGGAGAAAGAAGGGACUUUGAAAAAGGAGAAGGGAGAGUUCCUGACAGAAUGGAAAGGAAAGAAUCAAUGAGAGGAGAAAGAAGGGAAUUUGAAAAAGAAGGUAGAAUCCCUGACAGAAUGGAGAGGAGGGAACCUUUCAGAGAAGAAAGAAGGGAGCCUCAGAGAGAAGAAAGAAGAGAGGUAGAGAGGUCAGGAAGAAUGGAAAAAAGAGAUUUUGAUAGGAGAGAAAAGAAAGAUUUUGAGAGAGGUGGUAAUGAUUAUGAAAGGGGCAAUAGAAAAGGCCCACCAAGAGAAGAAAUAGACGAGGAGUUUGAAGGAAGAAAAGGUUCUUUGAAAGAACGGAGAAAUUAUGAAGAUGAUGAGCCAAGGAGAGGCAGUGGUAAAGAGCGGCGCAGAGAACCUGACAGAGACUACCAAGAAAAAGAGAGACCAAGAAAUAGUGAAAGGGAAUGGCAAAGGAAUGGUGAUAGGGACAAGCAUAGGGAAAAAGAUAGGCAUCACAGAGACUCAUAAUUUCAUAGGAUUUGCGUAAAGCGUGGCAUUCAAGUGGUUUAUGUAAAUGUUUGGUGUGUAAGCUCUCAAUUUUUAAAAUUGUGUACUAUCAUGAACUUUUACCUCCUUUUUUUUUGGACUUGGUUCUUUAUGUUUAUAGCAGAAAAGAUUAAGUUAUUUCUUUUAUUUACUGUACUGGACAUGUUGAACAUUUGUGUAAAUAAAUAAUCUUCCACAUCUGGGAAUUUAAAA